AUGUCACACUCUUCAUUAACAUGGUUGUCCAACUUGAACCUUGAGCAGACUCCUCACAAAUACUUGAGAAGAUCCUCCAUCAUUGGUACUAUUGGACCAAAAACCAACAAUGUUGACGUCUUGGUCAAGUUGAGAAAAGCUGGUUUGAACAUUGUCAGAAUGAACUUUUCCCACGGUUCUUAUGAAUACCACCAAUCUGUCAUUGACAAUGCUAGAAAAUCCGAAGAGGUUUACAAAGGUAGACCAUUGGCCAUUGCCUUGGACACCAAGGGUCCAGAAAUCAGAACCGGUACCACAAUUGAUGAAAAAGACUACCCAAUCCCACCAAACCACCAAAUGAUCUUCACCACUGAUGACGCCUACAAACUCAAAUGUAACGAUGAGAUUAUGUACAUUGACUACAAAAACAUUACAAAGGUUAUCUCCCCUGGUAAAAUCAUCUACGUUGAUGACGGUGUCUUGUCCUUUGAAGUUGAAUCCGUCGAAGAUGACAACACUUUGAAGGUUAGAUCCAUCAAUGGUGGUAAGAUUUCAUCCCACAAGGGUGUCAACUUGCCAGGAACUGAUGUCGACUUGCCUCCAUUAUCCGAAAAGGAUAAGGCCGAUAUCAGAUUCGGUGUUAAGAACAAGGUCCACAUGAUCUUUGCUUCAUUUAUCAGAUCAGCAGAUGACAUUAGACACAUUAGAGAAGUUUUGGGUGAGGAUGGAAAAGAAAUCCAAAUCAUUGCCAAGAUUGAAAACCAACAAGGUGUCAACAACUUUGACGAGAUUUUGGAAGUCACCGAUGGUGUUAUGGUUGCCAGAGGAGACUUGGGUAUCGAGAUCCCAGCUCCUCAAGUGUUUAUCGUGCAAAAGAAAUUGAUUGCUAAAUGUAACUUGGCUGCUAAACCAGUUGUCUGUGCUACUCAAAUGUUGGAGUCAAUGACCUACAACCCAAGACCAACAAGAGCUGAAGUUUCAGAUGUUGGUAACGCCAUCUUAGACGGUGCUGAUUGUGUGAUGUUGUCUGGUGAAACAGCCAAAGGUGACUACCCAUUCGAAGCCGUGUCAAUGAUGCACAACACCUGUCUUAUUGCAGAAAAGGCAAUUGCAUACCCACAAUUAUUCAACGAAUUGAGAUCAUUGGCCGUCAAGCCAACCUCAACCACCGAAACCUGUGCAAUGGCUGCCGUUGCCGCUGCAUACGACCAAGACGCCAAGGCCAUUGUCGUUCUUUCAACUUCAGGUCACUCAGCAAGAUACGUCUCCAAGUACAAGCCAGAUGUUCCAAUCUUGAUGGUCACUAGAAACGAAAACAGUGCCAAAUACUCACACUUGUAUAGAGGUGUCUACCCAUUCGUGUACAAGAAGGACAGAUUACCAAACUGGCAAGAGGAUGUCGAGAGCAGAUUGAGAUGGGCUGUCUCCGAAGCAGUUGACUUGGGAAUUAUCGCCAAGGGUGACUCCAUUGUCACUGUGCAAGGAUGGACCAGAGGUUCUGGACACUCCAACACUGUGAGAAUCGUCCAAGCUUAA